AUGAACCUGUCUAUUCGAAAAUUCAUCGUGCUUCCCGAAAUAUAUGCGAGUUUGGGGACACUAUUCCCUGAACAUCUCUCUCUUUAUAGGGGCCAUAUUAUGUUUGGGUUUGGUUUUGAUUCUGGAAACAAGGACUUUAAGGUUGUCGUGCUUGUCCCUGGCUGGUACAAGAAUCCACUCAUUGCACCAGUUGAGGUUUACGUGUACUCUCUUGCAAGUGGUCAAUGGAGAAGCAUCAAAGAUGGGGUUCCUUCAAUAUUUUCAUGCUCCCAUUUGAGUUCGAAACGUAGUCUGACAUUUGUGAAUGGUGCAUUACAUUGGGUUUUUUGUGGGAAAUGCAACAACCAACGACGUCCUAGUUUUAUAUCGACGUUCGAUUUGGCUGAAGAGACAUUCGGAGAAACAAUGCUACCAAAUUGCUGGGACGACGAGUCAUGUUUUCAUCCAUCUCUUUUGGUUAGAGGAAGUUGUCUUGCUUUGGCUUAUCGGAAGAAAGAUUCAGAGGGGAGUGAUGUGAUGUACAUAUGGGUGAUGAAAGAGUACGGUGCUGUGGAUUCAUGGAAUCUGGUGCGUUGUGUUAAUUUAAGACAUUAUCCACGCAUACAGAGAAUAAUAGCUCUGAGGAGCUCUGAGGAAAUGGUGGUAAAAGUGAUUGGCGGCAUGCUAUUUUUAUUAGAUAAUGAUUUGGAGAAGCCAAAAGCAGCCAAAGAUCUUGAACUCCGACAGUAUGAGGUUGGCUUUGCUGCAGAUCAUGUGGAGAGUUUGUUUCUGAUAAAGCAAAAGUACAAGUCUUAUGUCAAAGACUUUGUUGAUGUUCGUUUUGUUUCACCCAAAUAA